AUGACGGAAGCUUCAGACUUGAAAGACAAGAGCCAGGACGGCUCAGAUGCUCAACCCCAAGACGAGCGGCGUGGAUCUCUAAUCGUCGACAAAUACCUCGCCAGCGAGGAAGAUGCGGCUACUCUGGCAAAGAUGGGCUACAAACAGGAGCUCCGUCGCAACUUCAGCAUGCUUGAAGUUUUCGGCCUUGCUUUUGCCAUUAUGGGCCUUCUACCUUCCAUUGCCAGUACAUUGGCCUAUUCAAUCCCUGCCGGGCCUGUGGGUCUUGUUUGGGGCUGGUUUCUUGCUUCAGGCUGUAUCUUUGUUGUUGGCCUGGCCAUGAGCGACAUAGCUUCGUCGAUGCCGACAAGCGGCGGGCUUUAUUACUGGACUCACUAUUAUGCAUCACCCAAGUGGAGAAAUCCUCUCAGCUUCCUUGUCGGCUAUAGCAACACCCUUGGACUUGUGGGAGGACUUUGUUCCAUUGAUUAUGGAUUCUCACUCAUGUUUCUCUCCGUCAUCGUGAUCUCGCGUGACGGCAAUUGGACUCCGAGCAACGGCACCAUCUAUGGAGUUUUUGUGGCCACGGUCGCCUGUCACGGUCUGAUCGCCUCUACUAUGGCACGAAUUAUGGGGAAACUGCAGACCGUCUUUGUUGUGAUGAAUUUUGUCUUGAUAUUCGCCACUAUCGUUGCAUUACCAAUCGGGGCGGAUAAACGCAAUGGCGCUUCCUCCAUUUUCACAAAGGUCGAAAAUCUCACGACUUGGCCAUCAGGCUGGGCUUUUAUGCUCUCCUGGCUAAGUCCCAUCUGGACCAUAGGCGGCUUUGACUCCGCGGUCCACAUUUCCGAAGAAGCCCAAAAUGCCACCAGAGCCGCGCCAAUGGGCAUUUUGUUUUCCAUCGGAGCAUGCUGGCUGUUUGGAUGGGUCUGUUGUAUUGUGAUUGCCGCAUGCAUGUCACAAGAUCUUGAACACAUUCUCGGCUCUCCUUUUGGCCAGCCCAUGGCGCAAAUCUACUACGAUGCCCUUGGAAAAAACGGAGCCUUGGGAUUUAUGUCAUUGUUGAUGAUUGUUCAGUUCUUGAUGGGCAUUUCUAUCCUGGUGGCCGCCUCCCGCCAGUCCUGGGCCUUUUCUCGCGAUGGAGCUUUACCCUUCUCCAGAUUCUUCCGGCCGAUCUCUAAACGAUUUGGCUAUAUCCCUGUCCGCACUACAAUCGGAUGUGCGGUCCUAGCGGCAGUUCUGGGCUUGCUAUGUCUAAUUGCUCCCGCGGCUGCCGCAGCCCUGUUUUCACUUGCGGUGGCUGGCAACAAUCUUGCUUGGGGUACUCCGAUUCUCUGCCGUGUUCUAUGGGGGCAGAAGAAAUUCAGCCCGGGACCCAUAUACACUGGUAGAGCCUCCGUUCCCAUCGCGUGGGCCGCCAUCUCUUUUCUCAUUUUCGGCAUUCUCCUCUCCAUGUUCCCUGUCGGCGGACCCAACCCGGAUGCUGAAAGCAUGAACUACACUUGUGUGAUCAACUCUGCGGUAUGGGGAGGUGCUUUGCUCUACUACUUCAUUGAUGCGCGCAAGUGGUUCCGUGGUCCUCAAAUCACGAUUGAUCUUAGCCAGCUCACGGAAGAACAGGAAGCGGCACUGAGGGAAGAAGGCCUGAAGGAAGAGGGGACCAGGGGCCAAGGUAUCGUUGGCGGCAGGAGUGGCAGUCCCAGCCCACCCUUCAAGUCAACGUAA